AUGUUACUUGAACAAGCAAAAGAGUUGGACAAAAGCUUCCCAACUUACAAAGAUGACUUUUGCAUCCCGACAUUUGAAUCACUUGGUAUCAAUAACGACAGUUUCUCCAAAGACACAGAAUCCAUCUACUUGUGUGGGAAUUCGCUCGGAUUAAUGCCAAAACAGACCUCGACUGCUAUAAACAAUGAAUUAAAAGCAUGGUCGAUGCGCGGAGUCGAGUCCCAUUUCAACCACCCACUCUCAAGUCUGACCGACUGGGUUGAUAUAGAUUUACCAUGCGUGCCGUUACUAGCACCGUUUGUUGGAGCAAAAGAAAAUGAGGUUGCAGUUAUGGGAUCGUUGACAUCCAACUUGAAUGCAUUGCUUACCCACUUUUAUAAGCCUAAGGGUAAAAGAACAAAAAUCUUGUUUGAGAAGCAAGCGUUUCCUUCUGACUAUUAUGCAUUUUUGAAUAUUGUCAAAUUGCAUGAUUUUGAUGAAUCGCAUUUGAUUCAAGUCGAAAUACCGAAAGGUGAAACAUACUUGAAGACCGAAUCCAUUUUAUCAGUCAUUGAUGACAAUUUGGAUGAAAUUGCCCUUGUUUGCUUUCCUGGUAUACAAUACUACACAGGCCAGUUUUUUGACAUUGAAAGGAUCACAAAGUACAUUAAAGAUAAAGCACCCGAAAUUGUUGUUGGUUGGGAUUUAGCUCAUGCCGCGGGAAAUGUUCCGCUUCAUCUACACGACUGGCUGGUUGAUUUUGCUGCGUGGUGUUCCUACAAGUAUCUUAACGCCGGUCCUGGUGCCAUAGCUGGGAUAUUCGUUCACGAGAAACAUACAAAAGACAACACAGCUACGCAAUACAAGCCUCGGUUGGCUGGAUGGUGGGGUAAUAACAGUGCAGAUAGAUUCAGGAUGUUGGAAAAGUUUGAUCCUAUUGCUUCAGCUUUAAGUUAUAGACAACUGAACCCAAGUGUAAUUGAUUGCGUGGCUCUUCAAUCGUCAUUACAAGUGUUUGAAAAAGUUGGUGGAGUUGGCAUUUUACGUGAAAAAUCGUUGAAGCUCACCCAGUUCUUGCAGGAUUUGUUGACCAGCAGUAAAUACUAUAUUCCACAGGAAAGCACCGAUGAGUCCAAGUUUGGGUUUAAAAUAUUGACACCCUUGGUGCAAAAUGAAAGAGGAGCUCAGCUCAGCGUACUUUUCCAACCACACAGGGAAGACAAGCAGGACAAUGUUAUGGAGAGGGUGUUUGACCACUUGCAUAAACACGCUAUUAUUUGCGAUGAAAGAAGACCUGAUGUGAUUAGACUAGCGCCAUUACCAUUGUACAACACAUUUGAGGAAACAUACAUUGCCGUGCAACGUUUGCUCGAAGCAUUGGACAAUAUAGCACGCGACUAUGUGUAA